AUGGCCAUCGAAGACGCGCCAGCCACCCCCGAGGAGCGCGAUGUCUCCAAGGCUGAGGUUCACGCUAAGGUUGAUGUUGUGGAUGACCACUCACACGAGGUCUCGACGAAGCGACAGAGUCUCUCAGACCUGUUUACGAUCUUUGCAAGCGGCUUCGCUCUGAUCAGUGAUGGAUACCAAAACAACCUCAUGACUAUGACCAACGUCCUGCUCAAGAGUGAAUACCCCAAGGAGUAUACCACGCUUGUUAGCACUCGCGUAUCUAAUGCACUCCUUGUGGGUGAAAUCAUCGGCCAGGUUGUUGUUGGUCUGACCUGCGACUAUUUUGGCCGAAAGAUGGCUAUUGUUUUCACCACCCUGAUGAUCGUCGUCGGAGGCAUCCUGGCCACCGCCGCACAUGGUGUUACCAUUAACGGCAUGUUCUGGAUGAUGACCGUAGCUCGUGGAAUUGUUGGCUUUGGCACUGGUGGCGAGUAUCCCGCAUCGUCGACAUCUGCCUCCGAGGCCGCCAAUGACCUGAUGCCGAAGCAUCGAGGCCCAGCUUUCAUUAUGGUCACCAACUUCCCCCUGUCAUUUGGCGGCCCGUUCGCAGUAUCCAUCUUCUUGAUCGUCCUCGCAGCUUGUCACCAGUCGCACCUCAGCACUGUGUGGCGAGUAUGCUUCGGAAUUGGAUGUAUCUGGCCACUCUCCGUUUUCUACUUCCGAAUCCGCAUGCUCAACUCCAAACUUUACCGUCGUGGCGCGAUCAAACAACAUGUUCCGUACAAGCUUGUCAUACGGUAUUAUUGGAAGACAUUGAUUGGGACAUGCGGUGCUUGGUUCCUCUAUGGUAUGUCUCUAUACAUGAAUACUGAUUUUGCCAGUGGACUCGUCAUUGAUGUACUAUCUAUAGACUUCGUCACCUUCCCCAAUGGUGUCUUCUCGGGCACAAUUAUCUCGUCUGUGGUCAAGAACGGCACAAUCCGUGAAACAGGCGAAUGGCAGCUCCUCCUUGGAGCAAUUGCCCUCCCUGGUGUCUUUCUCGGUGCUAUCCUCUGUGACCGUGUUGGUCGUAAAAACAUCAUGAUGAUCGGAUUCAGCGGAUACCUCGUUUUCGGCCUCAUCAUUGGAUGCGCCUUUGAUCGCAUCACCAAGAUCCUUCCUCUCUUCAUUAUCUUCUACGGUCUGAUGCAGAGCUCCGGCAACUUUGGUCCCGGAAAUAUGUUGGGUCUAAUGUCCUCGGAGUCCUAUGCCACCGGCGUGCGUGGAACAUGCUACGGCCUCUCAGCCGCGGUUGGAAAAGCCGGGGCAGCUAUUGGCACGCAGGCGUUUCAGCCAAUUUCCAACAAUCUUGGGAAGAAGUGGACUUUUAUCAUUGCUGCGAUCUGUGGUGUAGUCGGCAUUCUGGUCACUUGGUUCUUCGUGCCGGAUCUCACUGGAGAGGAUCUGCGUCUGCGCGACGAGAAGUUCCGGGCUUACCUUGUGUCGCAUGGGUGGGAUGGAUCUAUGGGAGAGGAUGACCUGAAGGCUGAUGCAGGCGAGGGGAUCCAUACGGAGAAUUUUGUCUCGGCUACCGCUGCAAAGGCAGCUUAA